CUAGCUGUUACUUUGAUGCAUGUAGCUCUCUCUGACUAGCUGUGAUGGAUGAAUAAUGAAACCCUUUGAAAGGGGCAAGAGACUAACCAUAGCUUCAUCCUUGUAACCACUGAGUAUGCUUAAAUGCAUGACCAGUGAUUCCGCCGAACUGGUUUCAUAUCUGCAAACACAAAGUCCGUCAUGGAGCACAGGCGAGAUUUCCAAAACGAAAGCUGGCCUGGUGCUUAUCCAGCCAUGGCCAAAAGUAUGAAUGCCACUGUCCAUGGUCGGGGUGUACCUGCUUGGGAAAUCCCUACCGCCAAGACCAUUGCAAGAGAUGGAACCUGAUGGUGUAAAAUGGAGUGCCACCUUCCCAGUGCCAUGCCGCUGGAGUGGGAGGAUUUGGACGACUGGGGUCGUCAGUACUGUCCGGUAAUCGAAAAAGUAAGUGUGCAUCAAGACAUCGUGAUUAUGGACAAAUGACAUGGUCUUGUCCUACUCCUGAUGAACGGAAGGCAUGGAAAGUUGCGAAUCCCGGGAUGAAUUUUAGGCGGCUACCGUAUUACUACUAAGGAGACGAGAGAAGGCAUCGAAGUUAAAUCAUCUAAGAAGAUGGAUGCAUUGUACCGUACUCGAAUGCACUAUUGCUAACUGUAGCACUUGUAUGGUUUCUCAGAUGACUCAGCCGUUUUGUCAGCUAGACAGAAAAAAGAGCCUGCUCAUUGCUGCAGAAUCUAUCCUCCUUGGCACAAGCAACAGGCCAGCCUCCAAAGAGAAGGUCCGUGUCAACGAUGGUAAGUGUGGAGGGCUGUUUAGACCUUCUCUGUCACUGUUCACUACCAGUACGACCGUAGCUGGGCAACGCCAAAGAGCAACUGCCGCUCCACACAAGUCUUGUACGGUACUGCCAGUGCAAAGCUUCAUUCGGUUUGUGCCUCCAAAGACUAGCUAGCUAGACUACGAUGUUGAAUUCCGUACCGGUAGGUACUGGUACUGGUGCCGGUAAAAUAAUCGUAUGACUGGUGCCGGUAUCGGUACGAAUGUACAGCGUACCGGUACCUACUAGCUAGUCUAGCUAGUUCUGGUACCGUGUACGGCACCAUUGAGGAUCGAAUGAAACCCUCGAUUAGUGACUGAUCGAUCGUACUAUCGGGUCACGGAUAUUCCAGGGACCAGUAUCCAUAUUGUAUCUUUCGCUGUGAUUGAUUCGAUUCUGUGCUCAGGGUCGUGAGGCUGUCGACAUGGGACCAUUGCUGAAGUCGUGGUGACCAUUGAGAAAGUCAACUUCGGGUUUACCAUUGACCAUUGAGCAUUGAGCAGAGACCUCUUUGAACUAUAAAAGCGCAACCUGAGCUUUUAAAAAUCAAAAGCAGCGAUGUUGAGAAGUGAAAUUUUUGUUCUUGUCUUGGCCUGGCUUGGCCUUGUGGUGGGAGAAAUGCCAACCCAUAAGUUUAAAAACGGGGAUGAGAUGCCUCUACUCGGACUUGGGACCUGGAAAUCCGAGCCCGACGAAGUCAAGACAGCUGUCAAGGAAGCCAUCAAGCUGGGAUACAGGCACAUUGACUGUGCUGCCAUUUACGGCAAUGAAAAGGAAGUAGGUGAAGCCCUUGCGGAAAGUUUCAAUGAGGGAAUUGUCAAGCGAGAGGACAUGUGGAUCACGUCCAAGGUGUGGAAUGACAGCCAUGAACAAGUGUCGACAGCCCUGAAAAAGACUCUGGCCGAUUUGCAACUCGAUUAUGUGGAUUUAUACCUUAUUCAUUGGCCCAUCUCGUUGAAGAAUGGAGUUUCAUUUCCCCAAGAUAAGCAUGACAUGUUUCAUUUUGAUGGCGAAAGGACUUGGAAAGCCAUGGAAUCAACAGUCGAUAUGGGUUUGGCCCGUCACAUUGGCGUUUCCAAUUUUAGCACCCAUAAACUUGGAAGAAUUCUCGCAAAUUACCGCAUCAAACCGGAAGUCAAUCAGGUGGAACGACACCCAUAUCUGCAACAACAACACUUGGUACAGUUCUGCAGAAUGAAUGGAAUUCUUGUUACCAACUAUUCCAGUUUGGGAUCGGGUGAUCGCCCUGCAGCAUUUAAACCGGAAGGAGAACCCGUCUUGUUGGAAGAUGCCACAGUAAAGGAAGUGGCAGCUGCCGUCGGUGCUACUCCUGCCGGUGUCUUGUUGAAAUGGGGUAUCCAACAGGGUUCUGCGGUCAUCCCAAAGUCGGUCAAUCCUGAGCGUCUAAAGCAAAACUUGGAGGUUCCAGAAACUGUCCAUUUGGACGAUGCCGCCAUGGAGAAACUCAACGCCAUGGAUAUUCAUCGUCGUUAUGUAGACGGUGCUUUUUGGGCACUAGCAGGAAGCGCGUACACGGUCGAGACCUUGUGGGACGAAGUAGGAGAUCCAUUUCAAGAGGAACUCUAGAUAAAUAAAUACCGGCCUGGUUCUAAAUAGCC